UACUUCAGGUUGUUUAUCAAUACUAUUAUAAUUGCUAAAGUAACUCUGUCUGUUUUGCUUUCACGGCUAAACGAACUAAUGUUGAUGAAUUUUGGUACGAAACAAGCUCGAACGGACAAGGACGGAUAUAAGAAUUUAAACAAGAAUUGAUAAAAUGGAUAUUCUAAAUGUAAUUCCCAUUUUUGAAAUUUCUAAAAUAACGUUAGACAAAUUUAAUUGGCUCAACGAGCCAGCCAAGUGGAGCCUGAAGGACAACGAACUGCAUUUGACGACAGACAUGAAAACAGACUUCUGGCAAAGUACUUGGUACAAUUUCACUGUGAAUAGUGGACAUGUUUACGGAGUCGGCAUUUCUGAGGAUUUUACCUUGGAGGUAUGCGUUGAAGCAGAUUUCCACACGCUCUACGAUCAGGCCGGUUUGAUGAUAUACUUGGAUGAAAAACAUUGGCUUAAAGCGGGAAUUGAAUACAACGACGGCCAACCUAUGAUAGGCAGUGUACUCACUAAUGGAGUUUCCGAUUGGGCGACGGGAGUAUUCAAUGGGAAUCCGAGGAAAUUCUGGCUGAGACUAUCGAAAGUCGGCAACGUUGUUUGUGUCAAAUACUCCACAGAUAAUAAAACGUGGCUUUUAUUAAGAUUAUCAGCGUUCCCUGUGUCCGAGAAGUAUUUCGUGGGUCCAAUGAGCUGCACUCCGCAACGAGAGGGCUUGACUGUUAAAUUCAGUGGUCUGACCUUAUCUAAGCCCGCUAAAGAUAUUUUACGUUCAAAUUAAAAGACAAUAAAUACUUUUGCAUAA